AGACUUGGACCACACAACUGUCUGCUUUGGAACAAUGUGGGGGGGGGAGAGAAACUUAUUCUGUGUUCUGAGGAGGCUCAGCUGCAUUCUGGGUAAGUUUACGCUAAGCAAAAGGGUACAAGAAGAGUUUUUGAAUAACACCUUGCUAAUGCCCAUUGGUCAAGCAGUUUCAGAUCCUAAUUCUGGAAAGAGAUAGACCUCUGUAGCAACUUAACAUUGUAGGGGAUGAAUGCUUAGAGAGAGAAAGAGAGAGAGAGAGAAUAUUUACUUUGUGCAAACCCUUUGAGGUGUCAUGUUUAAAAAAAUGAUAUGUAUAGACCAGGGGUCGGCAACGUGUGCCCCAUGGGCCGGAUGCGGCCUGCGAAGACCAUUUUACCGGCCCAUGAGCUGCCCCUGAACCCAGCCUCCCGCUCGGCGAGUCCCCCCCCCGCGCUGUGCUAAACUGGCGCAGUGCGGGGACUUGCCAAGCGGCACCAGAAAUCACAUCUACGCAUGCACAGAUACCGGAAAUUGCAUCUGCGCAUGUCCAGAUGUCGGAAAUCGCUUCUGCGCAAGCGCGAUUUUCAGCGUCUGGGCAUGCACAGAAGCGAUUUCCAGUGUCGCACCGUGCCAGUCCGGCCCACAGAUGAUCUCCGUGGGAGUGAUCCAGCCCAUGGCCAGUAAACUUUGCCGACCCCUGGUAUAGACUCAUGUGAUGUUUGUUAGUUCUACAUUAGUGUUAGCUGAAGGACCAUGAAUGGUGUAGAUGCAUAUUUUCUGGAAUGGCCUGGUGGACACCCAAAACAUUGGGAUAAACUAGAGAUAUGGCUAUGGUGUAUUAUGACUGUGUUUCUCAGCCAGAUGGGUGGGGUAUAAACAAUAACAUUAUUGGUUUUAUUAUUAUUAUUAUUAUUAAUUGAAUUAAUAUACUGCCCUAUACUUGGAGGUCUCAGGGUGGUUCACAGAAUAAAAUCAAAAUAUAAAACCACAAAAUACAUAAUCAAAAGCAUUCAACAGACGGGGAGCCACUACAGAGAAGGCCCGUUCUCGUGUUUCCUCCCUCCAGAUCUCUCAAGGAGGAGGCACAAGAAGAAGGGUCUCAGAAGAUGAUCUCAGGGUCCGGGUAGGUUCAUAUGGAAAGAGGUGGUACUUGAAGUAUGGCUGUCUGAGCCAUUUAAGGCUUUAUAGGUCAAAACCAGCACUUUGAAUUCAGCCCGGAAUCUAAUUGGUAGCCAGUGCAGUUGUACCAGGAUCGGUGUAAUAUGCUCAGAGCAACCUGACCGCUGAAUUCUGCACUAGCUGAAGUUUCCAAACCGUCUUCAGAGGCAGUCCUACGUAUAACACAUUGCAGUAAUCUAAUCUUGACGUUACCAGAGCAUAGACAACAGUAGUUAGGCUAUCCCUGUCCAGAUAGGGGCGCAGCUGGGCCACCAGGCGAAGCUGAUGGAAGACACUUGGGGCCACUGAGGCCACCUGAGCCUCGAGCGACAGCACAGGAUCCAGGAGGACCCCCAAGCUACAAACCUGCUCCUUCAGAGGAAGUGUAACCCCAUCAAGAUCUCCCACCCAUCCGGUCCAGGGAACCACCCACUAAUAGUGCUUCAGUCAUAUCUGGAUUGAGUUUCAGUUUGUUGGCUCUCAUCCAGUCCAUUACCGAGGCAAGACACGUUGUUGUUGUUUGUUUAGUUUGUCUCUAAUUGUUCUGCUGCAACUACAGAAAAGUAUUGCAGAAAGCAGAUGGGCAUCUCACAGAAAUGAAGACCGAGGCAGGGUGGGGGGCAGAGACAGUGGCGGAGCUUCAUACUCCGGCACUGGGGGGCGGAUAGCAGGCAGGGCUGGGUGGUGUGGCACACGUCCUGGGGGUGUGGCGCCAACGUGGGCGGGGGGGCAGCCACGAUGGCACCCCACCGGGAUCGUGCUGUGGGGGGCGGUGCGCUCCCCCCACCCCUCUUCCUCCGCCAGUGGGCAGAGAUAAGUAAGCCAGCAUCUUUCCUUACUCCUCUGCCACUUUUGCUUUGAAAGAUCUCCCUGCUGUUCAUAGGUACAUUCUCCCUCAAGAUUUAAGCUUUCCAGCUCAUGGAAAAACAGCACCGGAGCCCUUCAACAAAGGGAAAAGGCGAUGGAAGCUCUCCUUGUGAAGGCAGCUGAAUGCCUGCCUAUGACAUGAGCACAAAGGCUGGAAUUAGAAUUUCAAAGCCAACAUUAUUAUCCCUUUCUUGUUUUCUUAGCUGGAAAUGCACUCGCGUUGUGUGUGUGGACUUGCUUUCAGUUCUGCGCCGCCAACAUUUAAGAUGAAAUUUAAACAUGACUUAGGCAUUUGGAAAAGGUGCAGCCUCUCUGCAUGUCAUUGAAUCUAGCGGCAACCCAGGAUCCUGUGCUUUUACUUGCAAUUCUGCUUGAAGUCUCUUUAAUGGAAAGCCUUUGAAGAACAUAAAGGAAGACGAGGCUGAAGAAGAGUAGGGCACUCAGCGAUACAGCCCCGCUGAAACCAGAAGAAUAGGAGCCAAAGGUCAGAAAGACUUUACACAUGCCAGACCACACAGCAGUGGUGACCAGUCUGUGGCUCUGCAGGUGAUGUUGGAUUCCAGGACCGAUCAGCCACAGCCUGACAACACCUUGAGGGUCACAGGUUAGCCACCCCAUCUUAAAGACUCACUCACAGACUCCACACUCUGGGGAAUAUUGUAGGGCGGUGGUAAGGAACCUCCAGCCCACAGGCUGAUUAAAGCUGGCAGGAGGGGUCCUAAUUUAUUCCGAGAAGCUGCUUCCCCCAGGUGUGGGGUAGAUAAGGGCAAGACUGUGAGAACAAUCUGGGACCUUGUUCCUCGGCAAGUGGGGCUUGUGGUUGCCUUUUAAACUGUGGCAAUCACUCCCCCCAGAAGACACGGCUGGUCCUCAACUUGGAUGGCUUUUAAAAAAGUGUUAGACACAUUCAUGGAGGAGAAGGCUAUCAAGUACUCUUUGCUCAUGUUCUGUUCGCUGGUUUCCCACAGGCAUCUUGUCAGCCACUGUGAGAACAGGAUGCUGGGCUAGAAUUCUGUAGUGGAGCCAGUCCCUGCCAAAAGGGACUCUUGAAAACAGCACCGACCAGCCAUGACCUCACGUUCCACUGGGCUUGGCAACACUCCAGAGUAUCAGGAAUUCUGGAGUUCUAAGUCACCACUGAUCAGCUUGACUUCAAGGCUUCUUUGAUCAGCUGGGAUCUUCCUUUGCAAUGAGGCUUGAAGCCAUGCUGAUGGGCAGUGAUUUAAGCUCCAGAGCAAUUCUCAGGAAAUGAAAAACGUUCCUUUGCAGCAUGGCUCGAUUUCAAGCCCUGGUGCAAAGGAAAAACGGGUCACUUGCACCAUCACUGUUGCAUUUGCAAUUGCCAUCGGCGAGUCUACAUUCUCACAGGGCUCUUGUCAGUGUUCCCUCCUGCUGGGGUGCAGGGCACCAUAAGAUGCCUGAUCAUGCCAACUCCUGAUGAAACCAGGAGUUGGCUGCAAAGCGGGGCAGUGUUGUGCCACCACCCACUUGAUAGCAGUGUCUCUGCCACUUACCUGCUGUUGUCUGCACAGCGCCAACCUCACCCCUGCCCUGCCCCACAUUUUCCCAGUAAGUAGCAGUGGUGCUGCUGUUGGGAGGGAGGAGGAACAGUAUCCCUUGCCAAGCUCGCCACUCUUGGUCGACCAAAUUUAAGAUAAUUAGAGGCAAAUCAUUCCCAGCAAUAAUGAUAUUACUGAUCUGCUGCCUCUUCUGCCAUUGCUUUAUUCUCUCUCUCUCUGUGUGUGUGUGUGUCUUUUAAUGGAGCUGUUUGGUUUAACAGAUUUAUAAAUCUUUCCAAAUAAAUAAAAUAAAUUCAAGGAAAUUUGCAUCAGGAAUCCAGAAACUGAAUUGGGGUAACCCCAGAUUUACCACAGUCCUGUUUCAUCCCUGAUGGCACAGAUUUCACCACUGAAACACAUACAAGUUUACACCAGUAUAGUGCCUCGUGCCCAUUACAAUGCUGUGUGUGGUUCACACAAUCACAUAGCAAUGAACCCAGACAAGAGUCAGGCCUCCAAAAUGUAGCACCCUGCUUGUGGUUAACGCUUAGCUGGAAUGAAAUAUUCAACGCAGCAAUAGAGAAAUUAAAAUAAUAAUUUAUUUGUCAGACAAAUAAAUGAGAGACACAGUGGUAUAUGGAUACCAAAGCUCUGCCUCCUCCAGCCCUGAUGGCCAGCACUUAUAUUUCCUCAGCCCAGCCCCCUUGCUCCUCCUUUGGCUGCCUCUGUCCAAUCAGCCUGGUUGAAAUUCCUAUUGGUUGUUUGCUAGAACCAAUCAUAAAAGAUACACCCAUUUCCUAUUUCCUUUUAUGGGAGACAAAGAGCUAUAUUUCCUUGUAUCCAUAAAUGGCAGACAAGUAGCCAUAUAUCUUACAUUUACCUCGACCAGGCACCUCAAUUACCAGAUAACCUUUGGCCCCUGUUGCCCUAUUCACUGCAAACCAGAUGGCUAAAACAGAUGGUGCAUGGUUUUUAAUUUUUUUUAUCUUAAAGAGAUCUUGAGUUCACCUUCUCACCCACCAUAAUAAGAAUCUAACAUAAGAAUCUAACAUUUCUUACUUUCUAAAUCCUUUGCAUACUUACAUUUAAGCCAAUAUAUUUCAUACAUAACAUAGAUAGAUUUUUAGAAGGAAAGGCCUUUUCAAAUUAAAGGAAUUUAGUAAAAGCUAAGUUCUCUAAGUUCUCUAAAUUCUCUGAAGCUUCAAAACAGCUUGGAGAGAAGCCUUUUUCCUAACCAGCUGCUGUUCCUAAAAGCAACCUCUUCAAUUUAACCUUUAACCUUAUGGCUCGAGUCUUCUGUUAAACAAUAAAUUUCACUAUUUACCAGCUCUUAAUUGUGUUUUUGCAGCUUGAUUGUAUCCUGGUCAGUGUGACCUUUUUGCUCUCAGCCUGUAAUUUCCUUUUACAACCCUGAAAUACUUUUUACAACCCUGAAAUACUGCUAUUUAUAGCAGUGGGGCCCUUGAACAGCUGCCAGAGUAUUCAGCUGGUCUCUCCCUGGCAUGAGAGAUAUAAAUAUUUACAAAUAUAUUUUUUAAGCUCAAAGCAGAUUUUGAUUAGAUGCCUCAAAAGAACUUCAAAUAACACUGAAAUUAAAUUAAACGUAACUAGGACCAGAAUAGGAAUGGGGUGGGUGGAAGAGAACUAUCUUACCUAAUACCUUACAGCACAGUUUAGAUUCAAGACAGACCCAAACAAAAGGAAGUGUAAAUUUAAAAAAAGGAUGGAUUGGAAUAAAGGAGGAAGAGAAGACAGGGAAGUACUAAGCAUAUAACCAAUAUCCAGUUCUAUACACUUUUCGCAGCUCCUAAGAGACUGAACUGACAGUGGAUACAUUUAAAACAGCUUCUGAGAUGUUCCUUCUAUGUCCUUCCUCAAAAUCACUGUGAUUGGAGGUAUACAAGGAGAGCUCUGGUUUGUUUUUGGAAACUACAGCUCUCCGUCACCAAAUUACACCCCCCCCCCCUCUGACUCCUCACUCCUCUCUGCUGGUGCCUUUCCAUUUUAUGGAGGCUCAAAAUGGCCAAAAGUAAAAGCACCAUUUUGAAUUUUUGAGGAGGUUCUGAAGCUAGGGACCAGCCCACUUCACUUUGCACCCAAUGCACUAUGGAUUCCCAAGUGGUCCAGACAGCUCUGAAGUUCGUCUAUUUGCUUUGGAGUCAUUCUGAAGCUUUUAUGAGUCUCUAAUGUCUAGGUCUAGCACAAUAAUCAAAGUGGAGAUUUUUAGUUGCUUGUGAAAUGCAAGAGCCCAUGAAAUUCGUCUCUGACAGCAAAUGGUCAAUUAUAGUUUGGAAGGCUUUUUUUCCAGUAGUGAACAUCUGGUCCACUACUUUCACCCAAGGACAUUUUCCCUCACGAAAACCUUGUUUCUGCAUGUAUUUCCUUGUUUAUAUUUGGAGUGUUCAGAAAGCCCAGAUCUUCUUUCCGCACUGUUGGCCUUGUCUGCUUGAGUGAACCUACAGAAUCCAAAGAUUGUAUUUCCAAUCACUCUUGAACCAUGUUGAUCCAGGAGGAGUGGCUCUCCUAAGAUGAGAGCAACAUGAUUUGUCAUCUCUCUGAAGAGCUAAAAAUAUAGAGUAAAAAUAACAUAUGAAAGGUCAGGAGGACACUGUGAGAGUGCUUUUCCUCUGACGAGAAACAUAAUUGUUCACAACAGUAUAAAGUGUCAUGUCUGCUUCUGAUGGAUAACAUCUAUUUUCAUUUCCAGCACAGACUCUCAUUGUUAUCCCCAAUGUUAUCCCCAAUUACUGCUGCUGCGAAUAGACUCUUAAUUGAAUUGUCAGGGACUGUACUUUUUUGCGUUUUGUUGUCAUCUGAACCCACAGUUUACUGUUUUUCUCGACACCUGCCUAUGCCAUAGUAAUUGUGUUGGUCCAGUGGUUCUCAAACUUUCCCCUCCACCCUCUGGGCCACACUUUCAGAAUAAAAAUUUGCUCAAGCCAACAAGUCCAUACAAGCCUUAGCAGGGCUUGAUUCAUAAUAUAGAACACAACUACUUCAUAAUAUGAUUAUGGGACAUCCAGGAACUAUAAAACAAUGCAGCUACAUAAGCACAUGAAACACUCCCAAAAUAUAAUUAUCACUGAGCCUCUUACAUAUGUACCUUAAGUAUCUAGAUAAACCCAAUGAGCGGUGUGAGCUUGCUUUUGCCGGGCAGUCUCAUAUAUAUUAGGUCCAAUUUGAGACAAACUAACUCUUAUUUCCUCAUCAGCACAUGGAAGCCUUUCUCUUUUCUGAUCUCUCGUAUUUGUCAGAAUCGAAAAUCCCUGUUCUCAACAACAUGUCAUGGAGAACCAUAGAAGAAUAAGCAAUGCUCUUGAAGAGAUGCGUGGCUACAGUUCCUGGUUGUAUAUCCAAAAAAACCUAUACUAUACUAUACUAUACUAUACUAUACUAUACUAUACUAUACUAUACUAUACAGUGGUACCUCUGGAUGCGAACGGGAUCCGUUCCAGAGCCCCGUUCGCAUCCUGAAGCGAAUGCACCCCGUGUCUGCACGUCCGCGCAUCUGCAGGUCGCAAUUCGUCGCUUCUGCGCAUGAUGUCAUUUUGAGCGUCUGCGCAUGCACAAGCGGAGAAACCCGGAAGUAACGCGCUCCAUUACUUCUGGGUCGCCACAGAGCGCAACCCAAAAAUGCUUAACCUGAAGCUACUUCAACCCGAGGUAUGACUAUACUAUACUAUACUAUACUAUACUAUACUAUACUGAAAUGUCUAAGUAGUUAAACAUUUAAAUGUUUCUUUGAUUGUCCUUGAAUCUUCCUGCCACAGUAAGCAUCUUCUUCUGCCUCACAAGUGUAGCCUGCCACUUCAUGAGUCUUUUGGGUGUUAUAAGGGUCUGUUGUUUUUCUUGCAACAGCUAGCCCUCCAGAAGCACAUAUUUUACAAUUUUGUAUCGUACCAGAAAUGACAUAAGAACAUAUGAACCAUUACUGUCUCCAACCAAUGUCACAUGGGAAACUCACCCCCCCCCCAAUGUAAACAGUCCUUGAAUCAGGACUAUGCCUAAGUUGCAGCAGGUAAAGCCAAACAUUUAGACCUAAGUGUAGUCCUUGGUUGUUAUCUUGCCCAGAGGAACAGACAAGGGACAGGAGGUCAUGAGGAAAGGAAAGGCUGACUAUUGCUGGUCAUAUGGCUGCUCUGCUUUUAAUGGCAAAUUCCAGACAGGCUGGGGUUAUAAUUUUCUCACCUCCAUCUCGCUCUUUCUGUACACAUUUAAAUAAUAAACUAUAACCAGAAUGUGCACGUCUCUCUUUGUGUCUUUGUGGUGCUAUCAUUUUGAUUUCUUUCUCUUUUUAAAAAGGUCCAAUAUGCAACUUAAUAAUUAAAUUAAUUAAACUUAAUAAUUAAAUUUAACAGUACAGAACAUCAUAGAGAUAAAAAAAUACAACACAUACCUGUAUAUAAUAUCUAAUUUCCUCUACAAUAUUUAUUUAUAUUGCAUUAAAAAAUUACCAGAUUGUUUACACUAUUCAUAAUUAUUAAUAUUUUGACUUGGGGGGAAAUCACAGCAAGUGCAAAAAUAUCCAAGAGCUGAAUCACCCUUUACUUAGCAGAAGCAUUUGUCACCAUGUACAAUACUGCAUUUUGCAGCAUCGCUGUAAAAUAUGAAAGGGAAGCCUGCCCCUUUGGACAUACAGAAGGCACGUGUCAGGGGGCUUGAGACCAGUUGUGGUUUUCCAUUCUGCGUUUAUCACUUGCCCCACUGUGUGAUUACUGGCACGGGUUUUUCCUCUUCACACUUCACAGCAAUCACCAGAUGUCAGUGCACUGCGCACAGGUUAAACAGCAGCCUCUGUUGCACAAUAUAGGAGUCAAAGCUCAGACACAACCACAGAGGAGUCAGAACUGCAGUCGGCAAGCUGCCAGCUCAGGAUAGCUACAGGGGAAGCGUCUUUUGGGAUUAUGGGAAGUAGGCGAAGGCUCAGGAGAUGGAUGUCCAUCAGCUGCUGUCAAUCAGGUUGAAAUAAAUACUUCACAUAUUUCCAUACAGGACAGAAAUCAAGUGCAGAAACACCACUAAUGAGAUAACCUCCUAGGGCACAAAUUCUGAGAUUAUUGGAUUUAACCUAGACAGCAUCUUAAAAAACAGAGACAUCACCUUGCCAACAAAGGUCCAUAUAGUUAAAGCCAUGUAGUGAUGUAAGUGAGAACUGGACUAUAAAGAAGGCUGAUCGCCAAAGGAUUGAUGCUUUUGAAUUAUGGUGCUGGAGGAGACUCUUGAGAGCUCCAUGGACUGCAAGAAGAUCAAACCUAUCCAUUCUUAAGGAAAUCAGCCCUGAGUGCUCACUGGAAGGACAGAUCCUGAAGCUGAGGCUCCAAUACUUUGGCCACCUUAUGAGAAGAGAAGACUCUCUGGAAAAGACCCUGGUGUUGGCAAAGAUUGAGGGCACAAGGAGAAGGGGACAACAGAGGAUGAGAUGGUUAUACAGUGUUCUCGAAGCUACCAGCAUGAGUUUGACCAAACUGCGGGAGGCAGCAGAAGACAGGAGUGCCUGGCGUGCUCUGAUCCAUGGGGUCACGAAGAGUUGGACAUGACUAAACGACUAAACAACAACAAAUGUUUUUGUUGGCAACCAUCUGUCUCGAGAGAUGAUGGGGGGGAACCUCCCCAAAGUUCUGCCCUCCACACCCAAGGCAUGACUUAAAGACUUGCCCAUUCUGGUGUCAACAAAUGCCAACACAAGGAUAUCACGUCCCACGUGUUGUAUCUUCUUUCAAGCCAACAAAGCAACAAGUGGCUGUGCAGAACUGUAAUGAGGUCUACACUUUAUUUCCCAUCCUGGGCUCCUUUGGGAGGAAAGGCAUUCUAUAGUAAAUAUAUCUACUACAUUUAUAAUAAAUUUAAUAAGUGAAAUAAUAAAUAAAAUAAAGUUUCAUGAAUAGGUGCAAGAAAACAUAAGACGGAUGUGUUGAAGCUAAACUCACAUUUCCUAACUUCCAUUUGUGGAUCUUACUCCAAAGAACUCCUUGUCUUCCUUAGUUUAAUUGUUAUUUACAUAGGAUAUUUCCCUCAUUCAGCUUCUCAGAAGGUCAUACAAUACUGCAUUCUGGUAGAUAUUAAGUUUUAAUAACACCUAUGAUAUUACUGGCUGCUGUGCACACAGUUCUCUAUAAAUAAGAACCCAUAAUUGUCAUGGUGUUCUUAACGCAUCUCCCUUUCUCCUGUUCGAGAUGCAAGUCAACACGACUCUUGCCACCUCACGAGUUAGUAGUGGGGAUUGCUAAAUUUCCACUAGAUUCCAUUCGGUUUCCAGAAAUUGCUUUUACAUUGUGUGAAAGAUCACAUAAAACACAGAAAUUACCGGGUAAGGAAGCAUUGGGGAAACAGAAUAAAGUCUUUUCUGAAUGCAGCCUAUAAUUUUGCUAUAAGAUUUGGUUAGCUCUCCUGUUUGCUGAUUUUGUUUUUCUUACUCACAGCCCCCCUCUCCUCUCCCAUUUAAUAGUCAUCUCCAAACAUAUCCCAACUUGCAAGAAAACCUGCGUAGGAGCUGUGGCAUUGUUGAGGAAGGAAGUGGCAAAUGGAAUUGGCAAACGGGCUGAAUUUUAACAAGGCUAAAUGAAACACGCUCUCUUGGCGAGAUGACAACCAAUCAAGCUGAUUACAGUAUCCCAGUAAUUGGCCACGGAGCAUAUUAAAGGGGCUUUUUGGAAAGAGUGAUUGGAGGCGAG